UUUCUUCUUAAAAUUUCUUUUUAAAAUUUUUUCUAAAUUUUUUUUAUUUUUUUUAAACUUUACUUUCAAUUUGAAAAUUAUCGAGUACAAAAUUUUUCAUAAAUGAUUGUGAACAAUAAAAACGAAUCUAAGGAUGAAAGAGAAAAAUUUUGGCCACAAUGGUUAGCAGCUUUGGCGUUGAGUCUUAUUGUUCUUAAUUCUGGAUUGGUAAAUGGAUGGUCGUCACCUUACCUGGCUCAAUUGACUUCAAUGGAUUCGAAAUCUUCAUUGACACUAUCAGACUUUGAAGCUUCCUGGGUCGCUUCUUUAUUGAAUCUCGGACGAUUGAUUGGAGCUUUCACUGGCGCUGUCAUGCAAGGAUUUCUCGGUCGGAAAAUUGUUCUUCUUUUUGGAGCAGUUCCAAUGGCGAUUGGAUGGAUUUGUACAAUAAUUGCAAGCACUGUAUAUUGGCUUUAUGUAUCAAGAUUCUUUCUCGGAAUCGGUUCUGGCAUAACUUGGGGUUCAUUGACAAUAUAUUUGGGAGAAAUAGCUCAUCCUUCGAUUCGCGGUGCUCUAAUUUCGUUGAAUAUUAAUGUGAGUAGUGUAGGCAAUGUUUUGGGUAAUGUCAUGGGUUCAUAUCUUCCCAUGAAAGAAUUCGCCUACAUCAGUCUUGUACCGAAUUUCUUAUUCCUUGCUCUCUUCACCUUAAUUCCCGAGUCUCCAUAUCAUCACGUACAAAAUGGACAAAUCGAAAAAGCAGAAGAAUCCUUAAAGUGGUUUCGACGAACAAGUGAAUUUAAAAAAGAAAUUCAAGACAUGCUGCUUUAUUCCGGUACCUUGAACAUGACCUUUCUGCAAAAACUAAAGGAGUUCCGACUUCCAGGUAAUCGAAAAAGUGCAAUAAUAAUAAUUUUUCUCCAACUUUUCUGCGUCUUCAGUAUGUACAAUAUAUUUUACAGUUACUUGGAAAUAAUAAUCAGAAAAGCAAAUGUGACAAUAAUAAAUCCUAGUACAAUAGUUGCCGCUUUAGGUAUAUGUCCAAUUGCGACAAAUUUUCUCUCUGCCUAUCUUGUGGAUAAAUUCGGCAGAAGAAGUCUUUUAAUGACAUCGUCAAUUGGUGUGACUAUAUCACUUUUACUUUUAGGUUUACACUUUCAUUUACUGUCGUUAAAUUUAAGUAUCGAUAAAUUAUGGAUAUUACCUUUAUUUUCCCUUUUCCUCUUCAAUGUAUCGUUCGCCUACGGUUUGGGAUGCGUACCUUCAACAUUAGUUGGCGAAUUAUUCCCACCAAAUAUUAAAUCAUUUGCGGGCUUUGCCUCAACGGCAUCGGCAGCUGUAUUUAAUUUUUCCACAACACGAGCUUAUCAACCAUUGAUUUAUUUAAUUGGCGAAAAAUAUGUAUUCCUUCUCUGUGCAAUUGUCGUUUUCCUCUCAUUGCCUUUCGUUUAUUUUCUACUGCCAGAAACAAAAUGUAAGUCUCUCCUCGAAAUUCAGCAUUGUCUGUCGAAAAAAAGGGAAAACAUUGAAACAAUCAAAAAUACAGUUUAACUUUUCAAUUACUAUCUUGUUGAUAAAUUAAAAUUGAAAAAUUAUUUCGAAACAUUGUCUUCCAAUUCCAAAAAAUUGUCUGGAUGAAUUUUAAAUUGUAUCAAAAAUAUAAAACGAUAUCAAUAAAUUUUCUAUAGAUAAUUAAA